AUGCAGAAACUGCUGAGCCCUUCGGCUUCUUCUUCUUCUUCUUCAACUUCGCUGCCCUUCCUAUCCAUAUUUCCCAAAGUUUCAAACUUUCUACCAAUGUCAGCAGCACCGCCUCCUCCUCCUCCUCCUGCUUAUUCCCUCUCCGACAAGAAAAAGCUCUUCGCAGCCCUUAGGCCCCAUCUUUCUUCCCGCUACCUCCCGCUUUCUUCCAAUACUUUCUGUGCCUGUAGGCUAAGUCUAACCCCCACCCCCACCCGGAAUGACAUCCCUCUUCUCCCUAACUACUCCCCAAACCGCUCCUUGUUUUCGGCUUCUCACGGCUCCUUUAUUACCCACUCUCACCCUCUUCACGAUGCUUCUGCAGAUAUCAGCCACGCAGUGGAGACCAAACCCUUUAACUUUAGGUUAAAUAGGAGGCAAAAGGGUUCUACUACUUCUUCCUCUCCUACUCCUUCAAAUCCUGAUUUGUUGGCCAUUCCCGGUGUGGGUCCCAGAAAUUUCAGAAAGCUCGUUCAGAAAGGUAUCGCUGGUGUUGCCCAACUCAAGCAACUCUACAAGGAUAAGUUCUUUGGCAAAUCGAGUGACAAGAUGGUCGAGUAUCUACAGAGUUCAGUUGGGAUAAUCCACAAGAACCAUGCUGAAAGUAUAACUACUUUCAUUAAAAAAAGUGUUGAUGAGGAGUUGGAAGACAAUUCCUCUCCGCAGCCUCAGCAGAAGAAGCGCUUAACAUUCUGUGUAGAGGGUAAUAUUAGCGUUGGCAAGACUACCUUCCUUCAGAGAAUAGCGAAUGAAACGAUUGAAUUGCGUGACCUUGUUGAGGUGGUUCCUGAACCCAUUAACAAGUGGCAGGAUGUUGGACCUGACCACUUCAAUAUUUUGGAUGCUUUUUAUGCGGAGCCACAAAGGUAUGCCUACACAUUUCAGAACUAUGUAUUUGUUACGAGGGUGAUGCAGGAAAGAGAGUCAUCUGGUGGAAUCAAGCCUCUUCGCUUGAUGGAGAGGAGUGUUUUCAGUGACAGAAUGGUUUUUGUGCGAGCUGUUCAUGAAGCCAAUUGGAUGAAUGAGAUGGAGAUCAGUAUUUAUGACUCGUGGUUUGAUCCUGUGGUGUCCACGUUGCCUGGACUUAUUCCUGAUGGUUUUAUCUAUCUUAGGGCAAGUCCUGAUACUUGCCAUAAGAGAAUGAUGUUAAGGAAGAGAGAAGAAGAAGGUGGAGUCACCCUGGACUAUCUCUGUGACCUCCACGAAAAGCAUGAAAGCUGGUUAUUUCCCUUCCAAAGUGGUAAUCAUGGAAUUUUAUCAGUCAAUAAACUACCCCAUCAUGUUGAUAACUCUUUACACCCUGAUAUAAGAGACCGUGUUUUUUAUCUGGAGGGUGGUCACAUGCAUUCAAGCAUUCAGAAGGUUCCUGCAUUGGUUCUGGAUUGUGAACCCAAUAUUGAUUUCAGCAAAGAUAUUGAGGCAAAGAGGCAAUAUGCACGCCAAGUUGCAGAGUUUUUUGAAUUUGUAAAGAAAAAGAAUGAGGUUCCAUCUAAAGAAGGUGUUGAAGGUGCUAGAAGUAGCCAAGCCCAACCACAGGUGCUGCUACCUCAUGAGGGUGGACUGUGGCUACCAGAUGGAACGCCUUUUCCUCAGGAAGCCCUCAAACCUUUGGACUUCAGACGAGCAAUGUCAUUCAUGUCUGGCUAG